AUGUAUAUUGAUAGAAAUGCCAAGUUCUAUGGCAAUGCAAUGUUGUAUGGUGUAUGUAGAUUGUCUGGAAAUGUUGUAUGUGUUGGAAAUAUGAUAGUCUGGAAAUGUUGUAUGCGCUGGAAAUAUGGUAUGUUGUAUGUAUGUUCUGUGGCAAUGCAAUGUUGUAUGUUGUAUGUGCUGGGAAUGUUGAAUAUAUUGAUAGAAAUGCCAAGUCCUCCUCCACUGAAGGUUGCCGUCGUAGGGUUUGGAAACUUCGGUCAGUUCAUUGCCCAAGGGCUUCGACGGCAGGGUCACAUCGUACUGGCUACAUCAAGAUCAGACUACUCAGAAUACUGUAACUCGCACGGAAUGCAUUUCUUUCGGAGUAUGGAUGAGAUGUGUGAAGAGCAGCCGGAUAUUAUAUUAAUAUGUAGCUCUAUACUUUCGACGGAGACUGUGGUUCGUUCGAUUCCGUUCCGUAAGCUCAAGGCUGACACCAUUUUUGCGGAUGUUCUUUCUGUUAAACAAUUUCCCAGAAAUCUUUUUCUUGAGGUCCUUCCUCCUGAAUUUGGAGUUGUUUGCACUCACCCUAUGUUCGGACCAGAGAGUGGGAAGAAUGGAUGGAAUGAGUUGCCAUUUGUUUACGAAGAGGUGAGGAUUUCUGAGGGAGAACAAGCUCACAAAUGUGCUCAGUUCUUGAGGAUUUUUGAAGAUGAGGGUUGCAGAAUGGUGGGGAUGUCUUGUGAGGAGCAUGAUCGCCAUGCGGCCGGCAGCCAGUUCAUCACGCACACCAUAGGAAGGAUUCUGUCGCAUUUGAACUUGGAGUCCACGCCCAUCAAUACAAAAGGAUACGAGACCCUCUUGCAUCUGACAGAAAACACUGUAAGCGAUAGUUUUGAUCUUUAUUAUGGACUCUUCAUGUAUAACGUCAACGCUACAGAGCAGAUCGAAAAUCUCAAUAGAGCGUUUGAGACGGUGAAGCAGAAGCUCUUCGGAAGGCUUCAUGACCUACUAAGAAAGCAAAUAGUCGAAAGGGUUCCCAUACAAGGAAAGGCGACAAAGCUGCCAAAGAAACUAAAUCCAAAAACCUUACUUUCUUCCACAAAAUGA